AUGGAACGUGCCAUCAGGCUUUUCGCCAAUGAACAUAUACUCCUUAGCGACAUCGAUGCCACUGGCAAUGGUCGAGGCAACAAGACCCCCCUUGAUAUCAAUCUGUCCGCAGGCAAGCAGAGUAGUGUCCCCCUGGCAUUUUCAGAUGUCAAUUGGGGUGCGCACACCAGGUCCUACACGACAUCUAUCAAUCGCCUUCCAGACUUGGUCAUUCUCCGAAACUCAGAGCUCGCACAGGCCCUAGCAGUGAAGAGGCAUGGUACUCGGAUGGAUGUCAACGAAGAAUCUGAGGAUGAGCGAGCACUCAUUUGUUAG